AUGACUCUCUUCCUGACUAUGCGCAGCUCUCUGCGGACCUUUCAGGAGUGGCCCUACACUGAGCUCUCUCUGGGGGAUUCUUCUCUCGGGUCCGCCAGAGGCCGCUCACUUCAUACCAAGAGCGCGCAUCCUGUCGAGUACUUCGAAGGGCGCAGCCGCUUGGCUCCCUCUCGGACCAAUUGGUCUGCUCAGGAAGACUAUCUUUUGCGCCGUUGCGCAACUGCUUUCCCCACGCGCAGCGAAGAGGCUUUGUAUAGCCGGCUGAGAAGUCUGCACGGGCAGGAGCCGCUGUUGGCUCCUCCAGCUCUUGUGCUACCUGUCGAUCCUACUCCAACUACUUCCUAUUCUAAUCCUACUGCUCCGGUGAUCGAACAGAGCCAAAAUCAGGCUUACCGGGACUCGCUCCUUCACUCCGCGGUUGAGUUGUUGGCGGAGUCGCCGUGUGCGGGACUAGCGACCGAGGAACUUCUGUCCCUUGCGCUGGAUCUGCUCAUGGAUGAGGACCGGCUGUCUGAAGCUGGUGCGCGACUAGACUCUCAUGCGUUGUCAGUGUUUCCCAAGCGCUGGAGUCCGGGAGUGCAUCGGCGGCCAGUUGCUAAAGCGCGGCCACUCAAUGGUCGUAGCAGACGCCGUGCUCAGUAUGCGGAGGUGCAAGCUCGUCUUGCUAAAAAUUUCAAGGCGGGGGCUCAAUUUGUGCUGUCCGGUGAUUGGCGGACUGCCCCCUGCCCUGAAUCGCCGCUGCCGCCUGGGAUGUUUGAAUUUUGGAGGGAGCUCACUGAGCGCCCUAGCAACCCGGACCCGCGGCCCACCAUAACUCCAGCUACUGUAGCCUGGGCAAUCUUAGACCCUAUUAGCCCUACUGAGGUUACUCGUAACCUCCGCCUUAUGCAGGACUCUGCAGCGGGCAUCGAUGGGCUGUCGGCUAAGGAUCUGCUGCGCUGGCCUCCAUCUGCAAUUGCUGGUUAUUUGAAUGUUAUUCUGGCUACGUGUCAUAUGCCAGCCCAGCAUUGCAUUUGUCGAACCACCUUGGUUCCAAAGGCUCGGUCACCAAAAUCUCCUUCGGAGUUCCGCCCUAUAGCGGUCUCCAACGUCCUCCCUCGCUUACUCACUCGUAUACUUGCUCAAAGGUGGUCACGCCACUGCCCUACCUCGCGGUUCCAGUUUGGUUUUCAGGAACGUGAUGGGACGGCAGAGGCGACGGCAUUACUUCACGGGAUGUUACGGCAUGCGGUCUCGGCUCCUAGAUCCAUUGCUGUGGCUGUGUUGGAUGUUGCAAAGGCCUUUGAUUCCGUGAACCAUGGUACGCUCUUAAGAGCUGCCGCUGCCCAUGGAGCUCCACCUCCCCUUCUAACUCUUCUCGCUUCUUCCUACUCUCGUACCUCCACUUAUAUCCUAGGCACUGAAGUGCGCUGCUUGCGCGGUCUCGGCUUUGAGAUGGAUGGAGUCACGGUCGACUGCAUCGCCUAUGCGGAUGACCUCGUGCUGUUUGCUGAAUCGCCUCAACGCCUCCAGCAGAGACUGGAUGGUCUGGCUAAUGGCCUUUCCCAUGCCGGUAUGGUCCUCAACUCCGCCAAGUGUGUGGCCUUUUAUGUCCAAGCACUAGGUAAGGAGAAAAGUGCCUGCCUCCGCCCCUGUGAUGUGUCUAUCGGGGGGAGUGCUUUGCGCUCAUUAGGACCCACGGAUACCUUCAAGUAUUUGGGGGUGCCCUUUUCGUACCGCGGGAAGGUGACAGUAAGCCACCAUUCUGUUCUCUAUAACAUGUUGCAGGAGGUCACAAAAGCACCCCUCAAACCACAGCAGCGCCUCUCGCUCCUGAAGCAACAUUGCGUGCCGAAACUUCUGCACGAACUGGUCCUUGGGGCUGUUCAUCGUAACACGCUCAAGCGGCUUGACGUCCAAAUUCGGCAAGCUGUGAGGCUCUGGUUACGGCUUCCUACUGACACGCCGACAUCCUUCCUCCAUGCGGCUGUUCGGGACGGUGGUAUUGGUGUCCCUUGUUUGGCAGUAAUGGUUCCAUUUGCAAAGAAACGGCGGCUGGACUCCGUGCUCUCUUCGCAGGAGCCUGCAGUACGAGCGGCUGCGACUGUUCCUUCGGCUCUGCCUGGAAUGAGAAUGGCUGCUCAACCGGUUCGCCUGGGUCAAACUGUCUUGGCCAGCAAAUUGGACGCCAAAGAAUACUGGAGAACGUCUCUCUAUGAGUCCGCUGACGGCAGACCCCUCCUUCACUUUGCGAACUCCACCUGUGCCAAUCAUUGGCUCUCCUCCCCUGUUCGGGUUUUUCCUUGGUUGUUCUUGCGAGGCAUCCAACUUCGGGCGGGUGUCCUCUCUACCAAAGCCCGCAGGUCCCGUAGGACAGGUCGUGAGGACGUGUUGUGUCGAGGUGAAUGCGGCCAGCGAGAGACCUUGUUCCAUAUUCUCCAGUGCUGCCAUCUGACGCACCAUGCCCGUGUUUGGCGCCACAAUCUUGUGAUGCGGCUGCUAGCACAGCGCCUGCUGAAAGAUGGGCGGGAG